AUGCAGACUACUAAAUUCGACCUUAUAGAUAAAAGCAUCCGUGCCGUUGAGAAAACGCAGAAAGUUGAUUUGAAGCGCUUAAUGGAACUGGUGGGUGAGUUGGCGGUGGCAGUUGGAGAGGCUGAUAAAGUGUCAGGAACGCUGGUGAGAGAUUAUCAGCGUAUGAUUGUUGAGAAUUUGGAGAGUAUUAAUGAGCACGUUCAACCUCUUGCAACGGAGACCAUUGCUAAUGAACUCAACAAGUGUACAAAAGUAUUACCUCAGAAUUGGUAG